GUUUUCCCCCUCAUUUCGUUGCCCCUCCGUUAUCACGUCAACCUCUGACGCCACUCCUGGCUGACGUACGCCGCGCAGCUCCGCCAUGCCGCCAGGGGGCGCUGUCGGCCCGCCCGCGCCCCCCCCCCGCCCCGCGCUCGCUGCCCGCCGCGCCCUCGGUGCAUGUCGGGAGUUGUAGUCCCCCCCUCCGCACGUGUGAGGGAACGCCGGGGCCCAGCCGCCGCCAUGCCCAAGGUGCGGGCGGGCAAGAAGCCGCGGCGGGAGAGCCGAGAAGGCCGCGCUACCGGCAUCCUCUUCAACACCGGGGCCGGCCAGCACAUCCUGAAGAACCCCCUCGUCGUCAACAGCAUCAUCGAGAAGGCUGCCCUUCGACGCACAGAUGUCAUUCUGGAAGUAGGCCCGGGUACCGGUAACCUGACAGUAAAAAUGUUGGAGAAAGUGAAAAAAGUUAUUGCUUGUGAAAUUGACCCUAGACUUGUUGGUGAACUUCAGAAGAGAGUUCAGGGCACGUGUCUGGCAAACAAACUUGAAAUCAAGGUUGGAGAUGUCUUGAAAACGGACUUGCCAUUCUUUGAUGCAUGUGUGGCUAACUUGCCUUACCAGAUUUCUUCACCUUUUGUUUUCAAGUUGUUGCUUCACAGACCUUUUUUCAGGUGUGCGAUACUUAUGUUUCAAAGGGAAUUUGCACUUCGUUUGGUUGCAAAACCAGGAACUAAACUAUACUGCAGACUCUCUAUUAAUACUCAGUUAUUAGCUCGAGUGGACCAUCUAAUGAAGGUUGGAAAGAACAACUUCAGGCCACCUCCCAAAGUUGAAUCCAGUGUUGUCAGAAUAGAGCCAAAGAAUCCACCACCACCUAUCAACUUCCAGGAGUGGGAUGGUCUGGUAAGGAUAGCCUUUGUAAGGAAAAACAAGACACUGUCUGCAGCAUUUAAGUCAAGUGCUGUAGAGCAGCUGCUGGAUCAUAAUUAUCGAAUUCAUUGUUCCUUACACAAUACAGAAAUACCCGAGAACUUCAAAAUUGCAGAGAAAAUACAGACAGUCCUAAAAAAUACAGGUUACUCUGAAAAACGAGCCCGUUCAAUGGAUAUAGAUGAUUUCAUUAGAGUGCUACAUGGCUUCAAUGCAGAAGGCAUCCAUUUCUCAUAGAUUCUACAAGAAGAAUGAACAACAUUGUGCAUUUUGCCACCGAAGUCUUACUUAAGCCGGAGUGACUGCAACGCUCUUCUUGCACAGCAAUGAACGGACACCAUACACACUCUGGUUGUUAUUAAAACCUUACAAGCGAUUUUAUCACAGGUAGUAGGCAAGGAGCUGCUGCUCUGUAUUUUAAAAAACACAAAUUCUUUUAUGACUGAAAUGAGGUACUGUGUGUACCUCACUGUGAAGUGAGGUGUAUUUUUAAAUAUACCCAAUAACAUGGAUUGAUGCUGCCACAAUUGAAAUCUGUGUUUUCCGAUCAUGGACUUCAUCUCAAGUAUAUUCUUGAACAAUAUUCAACAGUACAAGUCCUAAGUGUCAUCUGGGCAACAAAAACAAUUGUAUUCAUUCCAUUUGUUUGCAAUUUUUUCUUUUAAAGUGUACUUAAACACUUCCUUUUGAUUUGAAAUGCCCGUCUCUUCCCUUUGUCCUCUGGUAGCUGCCCGUGUUCCAAGUCUGUUAGUAAUCUGCUUCUCUUGGAGAAAUCCCAGUAACCGUUUCUCAGAAAUGGGAGCAUUUAGCCUGUGGGCUUGGUGUCAUUUACAAAAACAUUGUGGAGGUACCCAAAACUACCAGUGUCGCCUCCUUAAUCCCAUCGUUAUUGCCAUCAAUCCACUGUAGGAACCAGCAGAAAACUACCAAAGGGCCAGUGCUCAUAACCAUAGAGAGAAGGGGAUUUUUGUCAACAGUAAACUCAAGCAGCUGUUUUCAUAUGAAAACUACUCCACCCUUCAAGGCAAGGAGGAGUUUUAGCAUAGAUCAAAGCUUUCAGUGAGCCUUGGAGCAAUGCAUGCCUGCGUCCUGACAAAAAGACUUACUGAAGUGUCUUAAUAUAGUUUGGAUUAUAGAUAUUUGUUAUUAAGGACAAGGCAGUUUUCCCAAGGAAGUUUGCAUUAACUGCAUAGCAGCUGUCAAAGGAAAAAUCCACUGUGGUCUGCCUAAUGAUUCAGGACAACAGUAACUAUUAACUAUAGCAUCAUGCAGGGGUGAAGGCAUGGCACUGUGUAUUAACUACCAUAAGUCAUUUUUUCAUGUAUAGCAUAUCUCUGUAAGACCACAGUAAGUAGAUGUGGAAUUUGGAUAAUGGGGUGAAGUCUGUGUGCUCAAAGAGCAGUGAAGACUGUCUUUGCUAUCUUGUGCUGUGCAACGCAGGGGAGUGAAGGCUUGUCUGGCUAUCAGAGGAUACAUAAAUAACGGGGUAGUCUUGGGGUGGCAGGACAGCCCUGCUUUUCAUCAGCAGAGACAGUAAAAUCAAGACAACGGAGACUUUGUGUAGCUCUUUGUUUCCUUGAGAGGCUGCCAUGCCUGGUAAUUGACCUUUGCCUCAUUACCUGUGAAAUGCAUAUUAAAGUUGACACCCCUGUAUAUGUUAACGAAGAUUUUAGAGAUCAUGCUAAACAUAUACAAUACUUGUCUCUCCACCCAAAUCAUACUACACGUCACCUGGGGGAGGGAAACCUCAUAAUUUGGGGGAUAAAAGGAUGGAGAAAAUGACUUAAAUUGGGAGAGAAGAAACUUGAUACCUGAUGGACCAGUCGACGGGCUGCGUUCUCUUCCUUCACCCCAGGCAGGGGCGCCUUUCUGGGUAAGCGCUGCGCCUUUCACCCGCUGGUGAAUGUUACCCCAGGUUGUUGUACUAUCAUUAUUUUUGCUAGCCAUAUUAACCUUAAGUAAUUAGUGCAACUGUAGUCAGUGAAUUUAUCAACGGCAAUCUCAAAUCUGCGACUGUUGCUCUCAAUAUAAUAACUAAUUUCUAUUAUUUGUGAAUCUGAUUCAGUGAAAGUCCUUUGGUGGGACUCUGAUAGUAAAUCAGUGAAAGUCCUGGGUCUCUGACAGACAAAUAUUGAAACUACAGUCUUUUUAACGCGACAGUAGGGAAGAGGCAAAUCGGCAAAAACUAAGAUCUGACUUCAUUUUAUACAUGUCCAAUGUCAAUUCCUUAAAAGUCAUUGACUCAGAAGCAUGUACAGAAAUACGUACUUGAAUUUGCAGGCAUCCUGAGAGGUUGUCUUGGAAAAAUGAAUUGCUCUUUCAUUUUAGAAUGUAGUAAUUGUGCUGCUACGCUGCAUGUGGAACCUAUUCAUGAGUGAGGCAGGUAGCCAAAGCAAUGUGCUCAGACUAAUACUGAAGGAACAAGUGCUGGAGAUUGUGUCACAUUUCCUAAAUGCUUUUGUUCUACGGGACAGGAAUCAAGAUAAGCUUGUCUGAGUCCUGUUCAAGUAAUUCCAGUCCAUCACAGCAAUGGGCUACAUCAAUUCAAGUUCCAUAACCAUCCCUAUCAGUUUAUCUUGAUUCCCACCCCUGCACUGUGGGUGUGUAUCUGACCUUACUGCAGGCUCUGUCACAAAGGCUGUCUCUGAACAGUCCCCCCCACAGUAGAUGCAAUUUCAGCUUGCAUCUGCUACCUGACAGGACACGUCAUUUACAAGGCUUAGUAAAAAGCUGCUGAAAUCUAACUGCCUCUGUCCUUCCCGUCACCUUUGGUAGACUGGUUGUGGCUCUAGGCUUGCGUGGAGCAAGAGUAGGGAAGCCCCUGUUUCUCAUGUAGAUGUCUCACUCUUCAGAGGCUUUUUAGAAAGUAAGAUUUCUCUAGAGCAGCUUCAAAGAAACCCGCUGAUAUUAUACGAUAACCUGUGCUACCACCUGCUACCAAAAGCUGCUGCCUUCUAUUUCCUUGUUUUUUUUCUUUUAAUUGUAAUGGAUGACGUUCUUAAACAAGUGCUCAGAAAGAUGUGGGAUGCUUCUUUCAAAACCUGCUGCAAAACUAAAGUCAGGACAGUGUUCUGGGGAACUUCUUGCUCUAUGACAAAUUUGUACAGAAGAGUUAACUCCAGAAGAAAAUACUCCUUCUGAAAUCAGAGACCUUUUCAAAAGUGUAACUCCAAAGUGCUUACAAAGCGAAACCCUUCCCAAAGCACAAAAGAACUUUCAUAGAAGUAAAUUCUCAU